UGGAAAUGUCGUGGUCGUCCACAGGCGCUAGUUUCCCUUGUUAAGAAUCUGUUGGGGAAACGAACCGGUUUAACGGACGUUUAACGGAGGUUUAACGUUACCGGAGCGCUAAACGACACGCUCAUUUAUGCCCGCCGGGGUACAGGUAAAGGCUGCCACAUCGACACUGCAGAUUAGGUCAAACGUUAACUCUAGUUUAGCUAACCUAACCUAGCCAGGCAGGCAGAGUCUUCGUGUCUGGACAAAUAUUUCUGCUGCCUGUUUGCAUUCGCUCAUUGGCUGUGGAGUUUAAGGUUCCAUCCUGGAGAAGGCAGGAUGUUCAGGGACGGGCCCGACACUCCGCACCCUUCCCGCUCCUCAUCCCGCUUUUCCAAACACGUCUCCCACGUCUCCAGCUUCAAAGCGCUCUCCCUGGUGGAGCGGCGGAGAGAGCCUCUGGCACCCCCAAGCCUGCAGUCCUACUGCCCCUCCGCUCAGCCCCAGCCGGAGGCAGCUGCCCCUGGAAAGGCUCCGGACAGCUUCCCAGACUACGUCUACCUCCGAGCCGCUGCCAUAUUCCAGAGCUUGCACCAGGAGAAGGCCGCCUCCCACCGCCUCAUCAGUUAUGGGACAAGGUCAGAGGUCAAGGUGCCAGAGGUCAAGGAUGAGGUGUUACAUCGCUUGGCCUAUGAGUUGGCCUUUAACACACUCAAAUAUCAGGAGCUAUUGGAGGACGUCAUGAUGGACAGCUGCUUCUACCUGUUUCAUCCGAUGGCAAAUGAUCUGAUGAGUUUGGUUGCUGUGAUGCUGUACGACUUCCUGGACAGGAAGUUCCGCCCCCGCGAGCAACUGGCCAAUCAGAAAGAGGGUGCAGCAGAGCCGUCAGUCAGAGAAGUUGAGGAAUGCCUGUUCAGGUUUAAGACGAAGCUAGAAGCGUCAUUAGCACGCUGCAGAAUCAAACACCACCUGCUUACUAUCCAGUGCAUCCUGCCCAAGACUGUGCAACAGAGACAAGAGCGAGCAUCCAACCUGCCCCUCUACGCCUGGGUUAACACACUCCGAGCCAGUAUGGAGGAAGUGUGUGAUGAGUUGAAGAGUGCAGGUUUCUCCCGUGUUACAUCCGUCGGGCAGUUGGAGGGACAGACCUUCUGUAAGGACCCCCACUGUAUGGAUGUACUGGUGUUUCCAGCCUGUGUGAGAGAAGAACUGUGUCAUAAUAACCUACUGUCAGAAUACAAACUGAUCGUACAGGAUAAGUCGUGUUGCGUGGGGCCGUGGGCAGUUCGCCCCCUGCUGGAGGUGGGCAGAGAUGUGCUCGUGGCUGGCUCCUUCUCCGCCUCUACUUUGGCUCACUUGGCUGCCAUUGUCGCUGGGGCGCACACACAUGCUCACACACACACCACACCCCUCUCCGGCAAACACACACAUGGCAGCGCGCGAGUGCUUGUGUGUGGGGGGGAGCUAUCGUUUGAUCAGAAACAUGAACUGCAAGAGGUCCUUUCCAGCAUGGCCUGCAGCAAUGUAAAGCUGCUCCCCGAGGCUCUUCGUGCUGUGAGUGUGAGUGAUGUGCGUGUGCAGAGGGUCCAGGUCAUACUGCUGAUGCCACACUGCUCCCUCUCUGCUCUCUCUAACCCUCUAGACUACAUACUGCAGGAGAGUGGAGACACUGAGCUGCUGAAGGAUUUGUCACAGGGUGUAGUGUCACAGGCCAGACUGCACACACUCAUCUCCCAGCAGAGACGAGAUCUCCAACAUGCCCUCCAGUUUCCUAAAGUGCAGGCUGUGGUGUAUUCUACCUGUUCGUCCUUCCCAGAGGAGAAUGAGGAGGUGGUACAGAAAGCUCUCUCACUCAGUGAGCUAGGCAUUUCCAAACGGCAGCCCUUCAGGCUCAGCUCACCAUCUCUGCCUCAGUAUACUAUGUGUGGUGAUGAAGACAGAGGACAGUCUGGCUUCUUUAAGCUUGAGGCAUCUGACCAGAGUAAUGGCUGUUUCUUAGCCGUGCUCACCCGACAGUCUGACCCGGAAGUGACAGAGACUGCACAGGAAGUGGUUGCGCGUGCCACCACCAGCGGCUUGCUGGAUGGAAUCCAGCCAAGUCAGCCAAUCAAGAAACAGGGGCGUGGUCGGCAGACACGCAAAGGACCAUCCUUUCAAGCGCACGGCUCUGAUACACGGCCUCGUGUGUCUCUCAGUGGCCAAUCCCAGCUGGCGGAAUUUUUGAGCCAGGAGAUGAAAGCGAGCAGGUCUGCUCCGGCGCUGACGCAGGAGAUGGUGAACGCGGCCUGUUCACUGCAGGGAAAGAAGGUCAAACCCACUUAUCAGCACUCAUCUAAGCUUGCCAAAUCCGGCACAGGCUCCGCCUCCUGCCCCGCCCUUGCCUCGAGCCCACCCUGCAAGAACAUGACUCGAAUGCUCGUGAAUUCAGCCUCUGCCCUUAACCCCAGAGCUCCGCCCCCAGUAGCUCCGCCCCCCUGCCCUCCCAAGAGCAGGCAGGAAGUGCUGCGUCCUGUGGCUCUCAUGUUUCCUCCUAUGCUGUUCCCAGGUCUUCCUCCCUUCUCCGUGUGUAAGAGCCAACCCCCCCCUCAACUCAGGAGAAACCCCACACUGUCCUUUCACCGAUGGAAGAGCAGCUUGCCCCCAACUAACACUUUACCUCACACCUGGUCCAGCAGCAGUGUCAGACACCCCCACCCCUGGCUCUAGCGCACACACACACACACACACACACACAUUGCCAUGGCAUAGUGCCAAGAGUGUUUGGAAAUAGAUUGCUUAUGUAUAUGUCCAGUCAGGCCCAAUGGCUAAAGAAAGUUUAAUUUUUAUACAGAUUACUGUAAACUGCAGAUAUUAACCUAAUGUAUUCUCUAAGUUAAAACCUGUGUUGUGUAGCGUGUAAAGAUUAUAUUGCUAAAAGCUUCAUUAAACCUUAGAGAGAGCAGCAUACUUUGAAAUGGGUUUAUUUGCACAGGGACAUUAUGACAUUAGUACAGUGUAAAACUGAGUGAGGACAGACAUCACGUCUCAUGAAUCACGCUUUGUUUACAUGGACUACAUUUGUUUUUAAUGUGAGAAGCGUACAUGUACACCGCCUUCCGCACCGCCCUGUACCCCUAAAGGUGUGUCGUCUGUCUAUGAGCCUUUGAAGUUUGUAACAGACUGUGUGAGUGUUUAUAAUGUCAUUUUGAAAAGCCAUAUUACAGCAGUUUGUGUGUUUUCCCUUUCCUAUAGCACCAGCUACAUGAAAGUGAAGUCAGUUUUUGUUUUCUUUCGAACGCAGCCCAGACGCGCACUCGCAUGGAGCAGGACUGCAGAGUGAAGAGGGAGCCUCCUCUCCCAUUAAAGUACAUCACCAGCUCUGGUCCACUCCCCCUUCAGCCAAAAGUGGUCACACACAUGUCUGUU